UUACGGCAGAUAUGCCGUAAAAUAUGCCAAAUCUAUACCGUAAAUUAGAAAGCAGCGCCACCGCCGUUAAAAAGCUUCGAGAGCCUGGAGAGGGCCGAAGAGCGAGGAGUUUAGAGAGAAGAAGGACGAGCUGCGCGGAUGCUCAUUGGCGCGCCGGCCGUUCGCGGCGCGCGAAACGCGCAUGCGCUAAGGCAUUAGCGCGCGCUGUAGAAGACAAGACGCACGUUACCGCAACUUCGGCCGUCCCGGCGCUGCGGCUUUGGAGCCAAGUGGAAAUCGUACACGUGCACACAAAGAAGAACGGUUGGUCGCCUUGUAAGUGCAGAAGAUCAUCGUGUUGAAGCACAUGAUUCACGGUCACCAUGGAGGCGGUGCACCUGGAUGUGGUGAAUGCUCUUCCGAACUUGAGUGCUGAAAUUCUACAGAAUGUCAUGAGCAAGCUGCUGGACCUCGGUGUAGAGUCGUGUGGUGACCUCUGUUUGCUGACUGAACAGGACUUGUGUGACGUGAUGAAACCUAUACAAGCACGGAAGCUCAUCACCUACUUCAAAAGUAAAAGCACUGUGGAUCAAACUGAAACAGGCGAAAGUCAACCUGCAACACCGUCGAGGGCACAUAGCGGGCUGGAACAAAUUAAACAAGGCUAUCCUUUCCUGAAUUCCAACUGGGUAGAAUCGUUCGACAUACCUUGGGACAGCAUGCCAAAAACCCUGCUGGAGGCUUUGCACAAAAGUAAGCGUCCGACACCAAGAGACCGUAGGAAGAUGGUUCGAGUAAUCAUAGAUAGUGUCAAGAAGGUCUGCCCAAAACCUCUACGGAAACACCUUGCCGUUGUUGCCAGGAAGGUCGUCGAACUGCACCCUUCUUCUUUCAAAGAUGUAUUUGAUAACACUGUAAUUGGAACUGGCUAUGACUCUUUGCUUAACCAACUCGUGUGCCGGGUUGAAAAUGUAAACAGGGAGGAUGUGCACGAAGCAAAAGUUCGUGAUAUGCGGUGUGCGAAAAAAAGGUCAAGUUGCAUACCAUACCCAGAACAAGAAACGUCGACAAAGGACGAUGCGGAAAUGCGAAGGGAGCAGGAAGCACUACAAACAAUGUUUAAGGCUGACUCUUCGUACACUGAAGAUGUACAUGUGCUUAUGGCAUCAACCCACCGGCUUCAACAAUUGGACAUCAAGCUGGGCACUUCAAUUACGGAGCUGAAGAAAGCUUGGCCAUUUUUGUUUAUGCCCUGCGGGCUCGAGAGUCACGUAGAACUUCUUCUUGGUGUAAAUGUAACAGAAACAUUGGAUCACUCACUCCGAAACAAGAAGAGGGUGAUCCUAGACUUCUUCGACAAGGAAAAACAUGGCAAACCAAACAUCAUGCGUGCAUGGAGAGAAGCGCCUUGUUCAACGCAGGCAGAAGCUGAAUUCCUUCGCAUUGUGUUGCUGACCAUGGCAUGGUUUGAAGAAGAGCGAGAUGGACUCAUUCAGAGUAAAGAAGCCCACUUGAGCUCAGAGGAGAUAGAAAGGUGCCAGGACACACCGGUUUCUCCCUGCAUAAUCGCAGCAGGUGAUGACAUCUGGAUGCCUGAAGAGUACCUAUUGCUUGUUGAUGGCCAUGUUGUGGCAGCAGCAAAGACAUUCAAGCAAGCAUUCUGCAUGCUGUUUGCAGCUUACUUCUGCUUCCACAUUUGUUAUGCAGAGAAGGCGUCAUGCACACUUGAAUUCAUACAAAGGGCAUUUUUUGGCAUAAACCCAGACCGUGGAAGGAAGGGCAAAAAAGGAAAUGUGACGGUCAGCAAGAGAGUUCUUGCCUUGGUGCAGCGCAUUACUGAGUGUGAAUGGAACAUCUAGCACGAACUACUUGACCACACGCAGGGAUACUUAUUCAGCUUCCAAGCAGCCCAGAACCUGCAAUGCGAACUACAGAAAUGGUUCCCUUUCACCAAGUCAGCUACACAAGAAAUUAUUUUAAAGCUUCGUAAAGUGCAAUAAAGUGUUUUGAAAU